AUGAUAGAAGAACAAGAUUCUGUAUUUUUUACACAUAAUUUCAAAAUUACUCCGCAUAAUAUUAGCAAAAAUGAUCUAGAAGAUAUGAAAAUUCUUUAUAAGUUGUAUAAUGUAUAUUAUGAUAUUAUGACAAUGGAUCGCGUUAUUACUGAUGGUUGCACUACUAAAGCAAAAACGUGUUAUACUUUGUAUAAUAAUCAUAUACAAACUUGUGCUACAGAAGUUAAAAAAAAUUUUUGUGAGGCCCUCAUCAAGUUUAAAGAUGUAUAUAACACACUUAAAAGUGAACAAAAAUUUACGGAUAGUCAACAAACGCAAGAACAAGUUGCAUCUGAAGGAAGUGAACCUAUUUCAAGCGUACCUACAGAAUUACCGCCAGAAAAAAAUAAAAUGAUUGGAUUCGCAGGUUCCAUAUUAGGAUCAUCGACCGUUUUAUUUAGCAUAUAUUUGGUUAAAAUAUUUUAG